CUCACUUGCAUUGUCUCCUCUCCGCUACUGUGGUAUGAUGUGGGCGAGUCGGUGUUUCGUGAGGAGAGAGCGGGCGAGCUGCAUCGCGGUGGGAUAGCGGUCGGAGAGCCGCGUGUGGCCCUCGAGCUCCGCCUCGGUGGUGUAGAGGUUGAUGAUGCCACCGUACAGGUCCAGGUAGGCGGCGACGGUGCCAUCCUCCUUCAUGCCCUUGAGGAUGAUGAGUCGCCGCUGCCCGUCAUUCGUCUCCCUGAUGAAGUCGAUGGUGGUGUGGCCGUCUAUGGGACCGGUCAGCAGUCGCUGAUACCGCUCAUCGGCCUCAUCCACUUCCGCCUCGAAUACCUCCUUCUCGUCCACCCCCUCUUGGUGAUACCAGGACCACAACACCAUCCACUUCAUGAAGGCCGUGAAUGAGGGGAAGAGGGAGCCAACGAAGCGGAUGGGCGGGUUGUGAAGGUCGUAUGUGUGGCGGUAGGGAUGGCGGGGAGGGAGGGCGGACUUGGGCACCGUCUCGAACUCCCACUGGCGCUGGCCGCUUCCAAUGCGAUAGCGGUGCCGCGUCACCCCACCGUCCCCCUCUCCGUCCCCCCCCUCGGCAUCCUUCUUGCCCUUCUUGCCCUCAUCGCCAUCAUCGGCCUCAUAUAUUACCACCUUUGUGAGCGCCAGGCUGGUGCCCUGGUAGUUGAGGAGGUGGCCGAAUGUGCUGUACUGGCGAAGGGCGAGGGGCAUGGUGUGGAAGUGGGCCUUGGUGGGCAGGUGGGCCGCCAUCCACUGAGGCGACAUGAUCAGGGGCAGACCAGUCGAGGGCGUCAGGUUGUAGAUGUCAGCCAGCCGGAUGAAGCCGGGCCACUCACACCACACCGCCCCGCCAUGCUCCAGUGCAUAGCAGCACUGGGACAGAUAACCGAAGUGCGACACAUGAGGGCCACCAGCAGCAGCUGCAGGGGCCGGUGCGUCACUGCUGCUGCUGCUGGUGGUCGGAGGGGCAGGGGUGGGCGCCGCGGCAUUGGCUGUGUCUGCUGCUGUCCGGUGGACGUCGAUGAGGCCGGUCAGCGAGUGGCGGCUGAGGUGCUUGGCGAUGCGACGCUGCACAAAGGCCUCAUUGACGAGUUGGCUGCCGUGUGCCCUGCUGAUGGGCCGGGCCGAGCAGACGGCCUCAUCGAUCGGCAGGCACUGGUAGAUGACAUCGCGGCAGACAUCAGGCGGCAGGCCGUCGGCCGAGUCGGCGGGCGGGGACGGCUUGGCCCAGCCGAUGGGCCGAAUGGUGCCCUUGACGCCACCCUCGACGUCGCUGAGCGCAUCUUUAGCCGACGAGAGAGCGGCGAAGAAGCUGAGCCACUUAUCGCCGAGAAAUGGCGUCUGCACCAAACACACAGACAGACAACCAGGGAGAGAGGGAUGGCUGGAGUGCUCUCGUGUGAGUGUGUGUGUGGUUGACCUGUGCGGCGACUGUGGUGUUGAAGAGCUGCUGCACACCGGCAGCCUCUCGAGCGACCUGCAGCCACCGCACACACACACACACAGUGGAUGAGAGCACACCAGCAGUGAGGCCAUUGGGCCUCUCAUGCGCCACUUGCCUGUUCUAUGUGUGUGUGCAGCGAUGCGAUGCGCUCCUCCAGACGAACCAAACCCUCACUGAUGGACUGCAAUACACACACACAGACACUCACAGUCAGCACGAUGAAUGGACGUGUGUGCGCUCUUUCGAGUGAAUGCGUUCGCUUCUCGGAUGCUCACCGGUGUGCCGCCCGUCUGAGCUGAAGCGACAGAUUCAGCACCUUGUGUGCGGGGACGCUUCGGCUCUCCUUCAACACUCAUGCGGACAACCAGAGCUACUGCCAGUCAGAGAAUAGUAGGAGGGAAUGGAAUGCACUGGCG